CAUAUCGAUAGCAACCCUAAUUUCUUUCUUUUCGAUAGAUCCGCAUAGAAGUGACAAGCACAUCAAUAUGCAGCUUUUCGUACGUGGUUUGGAAACAAUUGAGGCCUUGGAGGUGUCCCAGGAUGCCACCAUUGCUGGCGUCAAGAGCCAAUUGGCCCAGCUGCAUGGCUUCGACACCGAGGAGUUCAGUCUGAACUGCGAGGGCGCUACUCUGGCCAAUGAGACACCCGUGACCGCUCUGGGCUCCUUCGAGCUGGACAUCACCAUCCCAAUGAUCGGUGGUAAAGUGCACGGUUCCUUGGCGCGUGCCGGUAAGGUCAAGGGUCAGACACCCAAGGUUGAGAAGCAGGAGAAGAAGAAGAAGAAGACCGGACGUGCUAAGCGCAGGAUCCAGUACAACCGUCGCUUCGUCAACAUUGUCCAAGGCUUCGGUCGUCGUCGUGGCCCCAACGCUAACUCGACGUAAAGACGUUAAGAGUGGAAUGAUCAGUUGAAGCAAUGAAGAAGAUCUGAUAAACAGAAGCCGAGCUAUUUUUAUUGCAAAAUAAUGUUCAUAUAGUAAACAACAAUUAAACAACGUAUUUUACACACGUCAAGUUGUAAA